UUGUUUUAGCACAUUGGCUCUGCUAUAAUGUAAUCUGUAAGAGGUUUCCAGACGGCGCACAUUUCAUCAUGGCGAGCGUUGCAUCAGCCACGAGCGCACCAUCAUCUCAAGAGGUACUUGAGAAUAAUGUGGCUGGCAAUGCUUCUAGCUUUAAGGCCACAGACACAGUGAUACAGUUAGCUCAGACCCAUAAGCCAAAACCUGACGUGAAUGGCCUGGUGUUUGGGACGGUCUUUACUGACCACAUGCUGACCAUUGAGUGGAGUCUUGAGGAAGGCUGGCAGAAGCCGCACAUCCAGCCUUUUGGGAACCUGUCCAUACAUCCAGGCUGUUCUUCCCUGCAUUACGCUGUACAGCUUUUUGAGGGUAUGAAGGCGUACCGGGGGCCAGAUAACAAAGUGCGUCUCUUCAGACCCUUGAUAAACAUGAAGCGGAUGUUGAAGUCCGCCCACAGGGCCUGUCUGCCUAGUUUUGAUUGUGCAGAGUUAUUGGAGUGCAUCAGGAAGUUGGUGGAGGUGGAACAGGAUUGGGUUCCUCACUCAGACUCUGCCAGUUUGUACAUCCGUCCCACCUUCCUGGGCACAGAGCCCACCCUUGGUGUCAAGAAGCCCAACAAGGCAUUGCUUUUUGUCAUUCUUAGUCCAGUGGGCUCAUACUUUAGCACUGGUGCUAAACCAGUGUCUCUGUGGGCCGACUCCAAAUACAUCAGAGCUUGGAGAGGAGGGACAGGAGACUGUAAGAUGGGAGGGAACUAUGGCGCAUCUAUCUAUGCCCAGUAUGUGGCAGUGGAUUACGGCUGUCAGCAGGUUCUGUGGCUGUACGGGGACGACCAUCAGAUCACAGAGGUCGGCACCAUGAACCUUUUCCUCUACUGGAUCAAUGAGAGAGGAGAGGAGGAGCUUGCAACACCACCUUUAGAUGGCAUUAUUUUGCCGGGCGUUACACGACUAAGCAUCCUAGAACUUACACGCAAAUGGGGUGAGUUCAAAGUAUCCGAGCGCUAUUUGACCAUGGCCGACCUGAGGCAGGCUCUGGAGGAAAACCGAGUGAGGGAGAUGUUUGGUUCUGGAACCGCUUGUGUUGUUAGUCCAGUUGGCAGGAUCUUGUAUCAGGGAGAGAAUCUACAUAUCCCAUGUGAAGGAAGCUUUCCUCCACUUGCCUCCAGACUGCUAAAAGAGCUCACAGAUAUUCAGUAUGGACGGACCCCCAGUGACUGGUCUUGUAUUGUAUAAAGACACCUCAACAAUGUCAACAUGCUCAAGCUCUUCAGCUAAUUUAAAACAACUUUAUUUGUGGCUCCAAAGAAUAAGUUACUUGCUAGGUUUAUGUAUGUUUAGUUUUUUACCAAGUCUACCAGCUAACUGAAUCCUAGUCUAGCAAUAACAUGUUGCUCUUUAGCAUACUAAACCACUCAGAUGCCUCCUUAAGGUCAUAUUUUAAUAAUCAGAAACCAGCAGAGCAGAGUAGGUGACUAUUUCAUUAAAACAAUAUUAUGAUAUUGCUGU